AUGGAUAGAGCGAAAUGUUUAGCACAACUGUUGAAAUUUUCGGGGCUUAAAUCGAGACAGUUACCGGGCUACGGUCCUUUGAAACUUCCCGGCAAAUUUGACAACGUUGUGGUGGCCAUGUCUUCCGGAGUGGACUCAUCUGUUGCAGCUGCAUUGUUUGCUGAGUUCCCCAAAGCUCAAGGUAUUUAUAUGCAGAACUGGUCUGCAACCGAGGACACUGUGGGUCCUGGAAAAGAGUUCUGUCACGAACGGGAUUGGAAGGACGUCGAAAAAGUGGGUAAGCAUCUGGGGUUGCCAGUGGAUCGUGUCAACUUUGAGCAGGAUUACUGGCAAGACGUUUUUGAGCCGAUGCUACAAGGAUACCAGCAGGGACUCACACCCAACCCAGAUGUGGGAUGCAACAAAUUUAUCAAAUUUGGCAAGCUCAAAGCACAUCUUGACUCAAAACUGGGGAACAACAAUUAUUGGCUAGUGACCGGCCACUAUGCGCAAGCACUAGAUUCUAUCUCAUCGGGUGAGACCCACUUGUUGCGGGCUUUCUAUAAACCAAAAGACCAGAGUUACUAUCUAUCGCAGAUCCCACGCACGAUAUUGCCAAAUCUCUGUUUUCCUAUGGGGGUACUAACCAAGCCGGAAGUACGACAGAUGGCUAAUGAGCUAGAGCUGCCGACUGCUAAUAAGCGUGAUUCCCAAGGGAUCUGUUUUGUCGCUAACUCGCAACACAACAAGUUCAAAAGCUUUUUGCAACAGUAUCUGCCUGCGCAGUCUGGUGACAUAAUUACGCAAGACGAGACCAACGGGUCUAAAAUUGUUUGGGGACAGCAUACGGGGCUUUGGAACUACACCAUAGGCCAAAAAAUCGGCUUGUCCAUGCCACAAGGCGACCCGCGUUACACGGGCGCCUGGUUUGUAGCGCGGAAAUUGCAAGAUACCAAUGAAAUCGUUAUUUGUCGUGGACGUGAUAAUCCAAUGCUUUUCUCUAACCGACUCAAAAUAACCAAAUUCGAGCCUUUGGGCGACUCCGACGACGUUUUUCACGUUCUAACAGAAACCGUGAAAGAUCGCGAGAUUCGCAUACAGUACAGGUCUCUCCAGGAUCCGAUUUUAGUUACAUCUAUUUCAAGGAUGGAAGGGGACAUCGAACUUGUUUUGAACGAGCCCCAAAGAGCAAUGGCCCCUGGCCAGUACUGCACCAUCUACCACCAGGAAAGAAUAAUGGGAAGUGGAAUUAUAAAGUGCUCGCAGGCUUCUACAUAA